AUGGCUUCAAUCCUCAAGCUUGCUGGUCUCGGCCUUCUCGUCGGUGCAGGAGCUUUCCGCAUCUACGAAGCCGAAGACCUCGAGGCUUACGAUGUCUCAGCAGCAUGUGUCAGCGCCUUAUCUGCUGAUAUCACCUGUAACCCGUAUAUUCGCUCAUUUAUGCAGCCUUCAUACAGAGGAUCGCUGGACAACGUGACAUUCACCGAUCAGAUCUGUGUUGGAUCCUGUUCUGGGUCCCUCCGCCGAUGGUUUGAUUCGGUUUCCAAAGACUGCGAAGGUGAGACUCUCGGGUCUAGUAACGCCGUUCCUAUGCGCUAUGGCGGUAACAUUUGGGCCGGCUGGAACGAGACUUGCAUUAAAGAUCCCAAGACAAAGAAAUAUUGCAAUGAUAUCAUUGAUGACUUCUCAGAGCCAGAAGAUGGUGAGGACAUGCCCCGUGAGGAGCUAUGUCACAUCUGCUAUCAGAGGCGCCUUUCCAUAAUGCAAUCCUCUCAGUACUCCAUCUAUAAUGAGUACUACAAGGAAGAACUCGAGCGUGUCUACAAGACAUGUGGUGGUUCGGGACCAACUGAGAUUCUGCCUCCUGUCAAACCAAAGGAGAAAAAGCCAGAGUUUUGCCUGACUGGUGAAUAUUACACGACCAAGGAGGGUGACACCUGCGACUCUAUCUCUAAAGCCGCAGGUGUUUCUGGCGCUCUUCUCUACAUGGGCAAUCAGGAAGCGAUCCGCGAUUGUCGUGAGGUUCCUGCGGACUUGAAGCUUUGCCUUCCUACAGCCUGCGAGACUUACUACGUGAAGCCCGGAGAUACAUGCUUUAGCAUUGAAAGAACUUUGGGAAUCCGCAUGGACAGCAUCUACAAGUACAACUCAUGGGUGGACCGCGAUUGCACCAAUCUUCAGGUCGGCACUGAGUUCUACGGCAGAUCCGUCUGUAUUUCUCCUCAGGGCUCUAAGGACACCAUUGCAGCAGUCUCGGAGGGGUCUACGAUCAAGCACAAGUUCAGCAGUGGAAACGGGCCUGCAGUCUUGCGUACUGAUCCUCCGAAAGAGGCCAAGGUCGCCGAAGGCACGACUCUGAUGUGCGGUGAAUGGCAUAUUGUUGGAAAGUCUGAUACUUGCAAUGGUAUCUACAAGGAUUAUGGAAUCGAAGAUAAGCUGAUGUACGCCAUUAACCCCUCGUUGAAUGGGAAGGACUGCGACAAGAGUUUGGUUCCUGGUACGGCUUUGUGCGUGGCACCUGUUUCUGGUUGGGAUUCUUCUAAGUAA